AUAAUAGUCUUUCUUCUCCAACAAAAAACUCACCAAAAAUGAAACUCUAAAACACUCAUUUAACUGUUAACAGCACUCAACAAUGGCCACCACCCUUUUCUUCCUCCUAUUUUUCACCCCCUUCCUCUACUCCGCCGCCGCACCAAAUCAUAAUGCACCGCAAGAUCUGGUCCGUUCAUCAUGCAUCAACGCCAGCUACCCCUCACUCUGCCUCCGCACACUAUCAUCCUACUCUGGCCCCACCGGCACCCCACGCGACUUAGCCCAAGCCGCCGUUAAGGUCGGCCUCGCCCGCGCCCGCAAAGCUUCGACCUACUUAAAAACCAGCGUCACGGGGAAAAGCGAAAGGGAACGAGCGGCUCUAAGCGACUGCGUGGAACAAAUGGCUGAGUCGGUGGAUGAGUUAAGCAAAACGUUGAGUGAGUUGAAGCAUUUGAGAGGCGAAACGUUCGAGUUCCAGAUGAGUAAUGCACGGACGUGGGUGAGUGCGGCGCUGACGUAUGAGGACACGUGUGUUGAUGGGUUCGAAGGGGUUGAUCGGAAGGUGAAAGGUGAUGUGAAGAAGAAGAUCACAAAUGUGGCUAUGGUUACAAGUAAUGCUUUGUAUAUGAUUCGUAGGCUUGACGAAAGUGGUGGUCUGAACCGUUGAUCAUGAUGAAUUGGACGGUUGUGAUUUUAUCUGGCUCAUUGAUGUUUAUCGUGUUCUUUUUUUUUGUUUUAUCUUAUUUUCGGAGAAGUUGUAUGUAACUGUAAUAUUAUUUUCGUGGUAAAUUCACUCAAUACUAUUUCUGACUAAAA